AACAUGACUCUCAAUCUUCCUGCUCUUGUGCCAGCUGCGGCCUUUCUUGGUCUUGUUUCUCACCUGGCCUAUUUCAUCAAUGGCGAACACCAUAUGGAAGCGAUGGCGCUUUUCCAAGCGGCGUUGCUGCUUCCACCGACGAUGACUGCUGGUCUGGUCUAUUUGAAUGAUAGCACGGUGUUAGAGGCGUCUGAGAUAGUCGCUCUUUUGCUUGCUGCCUAUUUGACGCCUCUCUUCACGAGUAUGCUCCUAUAUCGCGUAUUCUUCCAUCGACUGCGUAGGUAUCCAGGACCAUUUUCAGCCAAGCUUUCCAAGUUAUGGCACGUCUCGAAACUCUCCAAUAAGGACAACCACAAGCAAUUGCAGACCUGGCAUGCCAAAUACGGCAAAUACGUGCGCACUGGUCCAACCGAACUCUCGAUCGCAGACCCGGAUGCCGUCGAACUCAUCUACGGCCCGCGAACCAAAUGCACCAAAGCCCCGUGGUACGAUAUUUCGAUGCCGCUCGUCUCCAUGCACCAGAACCGCAACAAGGCCGAGCACGACCGCCGCCGCAGAUCCGCCUGGGACAAGGGCUUCGGCGCCAAAGCCCUCCGCGAUUACGAGCCUCGCGUCGUCAACUACGCCGACCUUCUCGUCUCCCAAAUUGCCGCCUUCUCCGGCAAGCCCCUCAACGCGUCGCGCUGGAUGAACUACUACAGCUUCGACGUCAUGGGCGACCUCGCCUUCGGCAAGUCCUUCGACAUGCUCAAGAAUGGGAAAUCGCACUUCGCCAUCGACCUCCUCAACAAAGCCCAAGGCGCAUUCGGGCUGCUAUCGCCUGCAGUCUGGGUGUUCCGAAUCCUAACCCGCAUGCCGAUCAUCAGCGCCGACUACAAGGCAUUUGUCGCCUGGUGCGAGAACCAGAUGAUCGAGCGGACGAAGAUGAAAGUCGAGAAGCCGGACAUUGCGCACUGGCUGAUCAACAGCCCGCCCAUGUCGAGCGAUCCAUUUGUGAACCGGAUGUGGGCGGCGGGGGAUUCGAGGCUGAUUAUCGUCGGGGGCAGUGAUACGACGGCGGCGACGCUGACGUUUUUGUUUCAUUAUCUUGCGAAGUAUCCGCAGGAGAUUGGGAAGUUGAGAAAGGAGCUGGAGGAGGUGGAUGUGGAUGAGAAUGAGAGUUUGCAGGCGGCAUUGAGGGAUCUGCCGCAUUUGAAUGGGGCGAUCAAUGAGGCGUUAAGGUUGAAUCCGCCGGUGCCGUCGGGGCUGCAGAGGAUGACGCCGCCGGAGGGGAUGGAUGUGGGAGGGAAGAAAGUGCCGGGUUUGGUGACCGUGUUUGUGCCUAGCUACGUUAUGGGGAGAUCCGAGGAGUGUUACAAACGGCCGCACGAGUUUAUCCCGGAGAGGUGGUACUCAAAGUCGGAGAUGGUCAAGAGGAAAGACGCGUUUAUUCCGUUCUCGUCAGGCGCAUACUCAUGCAUCGGCAAACAACUUGCACUGCAAGAAGUCCGCACGGUGACGGCAAAGUUGAUCACCAAAUUCGACGUUAGUUUUGCACCGGGUGAAGAUGGGACGACUUUGCUAGAGGAGUCCAAGGACAUUUUCACGACAGAAUUGGGGGAUAUGUUUCUUUGUUUUACGCCGAGGAUGAAGGAAGGAUAGUUUGAAGUGGUGGGGGAGGUGAUUCAAUGAGACCGACAUUACAUAUAUGAAAGAGAUAGCAACAGAGGGUGACCUGUAAAUAGAUCGUACAAUUCUUACCAUAUUUUGAAAACGCCUUGCGGAGAGAGAAAUGGCUCACC